GAGCGACUGGACACUGACAUUAGCUAGAGAAAAAGGUUCAAGCUUGAGGAGAACCAGCUAGAACUUCAAAAUAUUUACUUGACCUGGUCUGAGAAGUCAACUUGUUUGCUUUGGGCAAAUUGGGCAAAGUUUCGGACACUCAAACUCAGGAUCAUCUAUACAAUACAAGGUAAAUAUAUUGUUCCAAACUCUAAAAAAUCCAUUGCAAAGCUGCCUCAAGCAAAGAAUGAAGUUACUGCACCUACUGCUAGUAGGCUUCAGCCUGGGUUUUUCUGGAGCAGGGGCUUUUGUGACCCACGUGGAGAGUGACUGUAUACUGGAUGAGAAUGGAUCAGUAAAGGACUUCACGUAUUGUAUCUCCUUCAACAAGAAUGUGUUGACCUGCUGGGACUCAGAGAUUAAAAAGAUGGUCACUGUUGAUUAUGGGAUAUUGCACCCAUUAGCUGAAUAUCUUUCUCAUUCCCUUAAUAACAACAGUGCCUUGAUACACCGCCUGAGGAGUGGACUCCAGGAUUGUGCCAGUCACACAAAACCCUUCUGGGGGUCAUUGACCCAAAGAACACGGUCACCAUCAGUGCAAAUAGCCCAGACCACACCAUUCAACACAAGGGAGCAAGUGAUGUUGGCCUGCUAUGUAUGGGGCUUCUAUCCUGCUGAUGUGGCCAUUUCAUGGUUGAAGAAUGGGCAGCCAAUCCCUGACAGUGGCAUUCAGAGGGCUGUACAGUCUAAUGGGGACUGGACUUACCAGACACGAUCCUACUUGGCCCUUACCCCCUCUAGUGGGGAUAUUUAUACUUGCUAUGUAGAGCACAGUGGGACUUCCCAGGCCAUCUUUCAGACCUGGACCUCUGGCCUCUCUCUGAAGCAGACCGUGAAGAUCUCUGUAUCUGUGUUGACUCUGGGACUUGGCUUCAUCAUCUUCUUCCUUGGCCUGUUUUUCUGCCAAAAAGCAGGCUCCUCUGACUACACUCCUCUCUCGGGGUCCAAUUAUCCUGAAGGUAGGAACUUCUCAUAAAGGCUGACACUCCAUAACCUCUACUCAGUGCUGAGCCUGGGAGCAAGAAGACUUGAGUUCAAAUGUGGCCUCAGACAUGAGCUGUGGGAGCCUGGGCAAGUCACUUGACUUAGCUGCCUCAAUUUUCUUAUCUGUAAAAUGGGACUAAUAACAGCACCUACUUCCCAAGGUUGCUGUGAGGCUCAAAUUAGAAUUGUAAAGUGUUUGGCAUAAUGUAAAUAUUAGUUUUUAUUAUUAUCCUUUCCAAUUAGGAAUAGGAACGCAACUCUAGUUGGUUACCAGCUAACUUCUACAUCUUCCUAUACUCUUCUUAUUACCCAAAAUGUUCCCUCCUUAAUUGUCCCCCCCCCCCCUUCUUAGGUUCUGUUCACUUUUCCCUUGAAUACCUUACUAAACCAUCCCUCUUCACCUUGGGUUACUGAGGGGAAACUCAUUCUUGAUGCUAUUUAAAAACAGGAGGUAGGUGGAAAGUACCUGUCUAUAAAAUUGAAAUAAAGGAAAAGGAUGCCAUUCUGACUCCUAUCUUAUUAUUAGGGGCCAGAUUAUUACUAGUCAGUAGUAAUCUUUAUGGAAUAAAUCUUAGAGCUUUUUGUGUCUAAUUACUUUUCAUUCCUGAGACAUAGGAAGGGAAGAAAAAUGGCUCUGGAAUCUAGCAUCCUAAUUAAAAAACACAAAAUAUCUAGUUUGUGCAAUGUUUGAGGAUACAAAGAUAAAUUCAACAAAUUUAUUAAGUAUUUAUUAUAAUCAGAUACUAUAUUAAGCAUUGGGACUAUAAAGACAAAAACGAAACAUUCCCUGGCCUCAAUGAGCUUAUAGUUGACUGGAAAUUUACACAAAUAACAAAUUCAUUUCAUGAGCAUUGACAACAGUGGGCAACAGGAAAGGUCUCAUCUAGAAGGUAGUACCGAGCUGAGAGAACUUUGAAUUAAGCUAGGGAUUAAUCCAUUAAGAGGUGGAGGUGAGAAGGAAGUGCAUUUAGAAUUAGUGCAGCUGUGCAAGGAGACAAAGGUGAGACAUGGAAUGUUAUAUACAGGAAAUAGCUAGUAGGCCAGUUGAUUAGAAUAGUUUGUGAAGAGGAAGAAUGAAAUGAAUGGAAAGAUAAGGGAGGGCUGUAUUUUGGGAAGCUUUAAGUGCUAAGCUGAAUGUGCUAUUUUAUUCUAAUGGGAGCCACUGAAGAUUUUUGACUAGAGUAUUUUAGAAACAACAAUUUGGCACUUGUGUGUGGGGAAUGAAGAAGGGAGAAUGGCAGUUGGGAAACUAAUUGGGAGGCUGUAGUAUAGGUAAUGGCAGUAAACUAGAAGAUAGCUUUGUGAAUGUACAGAACUGAAUAGAGAUAAGAGAAAUUCGGGGAAUCUGUAAAACAGCAAUUAACUGGAUGCUUACAUCUAGUGGUGAGAGGGAAAAAUAAAGUCAACCUGGGUGACUAGGAUAACAGUGCUAGUAAUAGAAAUAAGAAAGUUUGUAGGAAGGGAUGUGUUCGGGGAUAAAUAUGAGGUCUGUUUUGGACAUGAAUUUGAGAUGCCUAUUAGACAUUUAAGUAGAAAUGUCCAGCAGGCAACUGAUAAUGCAGAACAGGAAUUCAAUAGAGAUAUUAAGGCCGGAUAAACAAAUUUUGGAGUCAUCUGAAUAGAAAUGAUAACUGAAGCACUAGAAACUACUGAGUUUACCAAGGGACUGGUGGGGGGGAAAAGUCUUCGGGGAAGAUCAUGCCCAGUAGGCAGGAGCUGAUUUAGCAGGGUGUCAGAAGUUUACAAAUCAGUGACUGGGAGGAGAUGAGAUGUAUACAAAUGAGUAUAAUACAAAUUAGAAUAUAAAGUCUUAGAGGAGGCCUAUUUUUACCUUUCUAGAUGCUUAGAUUCCUUUUUCUUGUAAAUGUUUAUGUACUUUAUAUAGAGCACUUACUUUUCUGUGACUAUGUUGUUUUCUCUUGUUAGAAUAAAAGUUUUUUGAGGCAA